GUGUUUAUCAAAACUUGUAUGUCUUGGAGUAAUAGUGAGUUAGGCCAUUGAAUGACUGACUUAUUGACACGCCAAACGGCCCAUCAAUGGUAAUCGUAUCAUCAUGAUCUUCUGUAUAGUAACAAAGUGUUUUACCUUAUGAAAUUAGUCUGGAAAUUAAUUUGCUACAUAUACUCUAAAGUUUUCGUUAACUUCUGAAUACGGCGAAACUGUGACACUGCCAAGUUAUUUAUAUAUUAUUUUCUGACUGAACUUUAACUUCUUGUUGAGUAUCGCGUUAAAGACGUUUACUAUGGAACAUCCUCUUUACGGUGGUGUCGGAGGGGCACCUGUUCUACACUAUCCAGCAACUCUACAAUCGGCACAACAUUCGCCGUACCAUCAGAGAGCAAUGGGUGGGAUGCACCAUAUAUCGGCAAUGUCCUACAGUCCUCAUCACGUACAGACCUCCAUGCAAUACCAACCGGACUGGGGUAUAGCGAGCAGUAUGCCCACAGGAACCACAGCACACACCGUCACCGCACACACGGGCAUACUACCAGGUAUGGGUUUGUGCCAUCCUAUUCACAGCAAUGAAUACAUGUCGUCACCCCCUCCGUUAGAGAGCAGUAAGGCAAGGGACGUAGACUCCGUACACCAGGAUGUUGAUGACUUAUCGGUUUCGACGAGUCCGAGCGGGGGAAUCGACAGUGACGGUGCGGCGUCGCCGACUAAAUUAAACGGUUCAUCGGAUCAAGGUUUCAAGAUUGAUCUUAAUACAAAACCGAGGAAGGAACGCACAGCCUUUACUAAGGAACAAGUUCGUGAACUAGAGAAUGAGUUCCAGCACCACAACUAUCUAACAAGACUAAGGCGGUAUGAAAUAGCGGUCACUCUCAACCUCACAGAAAGACAGGUCAAAGUCUGGUUUCAGAACCGACGAAUGAAAUGGAAGCGGUGUAAGGGAGCAAGAGACAAAGAAAUUGCCACAAAAAGACUCCACGCAAUGGAAGCAAAGCUAGGCCUACCUCCAGGAAGCACCAGUAACCUUCAGACAGCAACGGAUCUCAACGGUAACGGACUCGGCAACGGGAUGGUCAAUGAUGGUGACAUGACACCUAGUCCGGAUAUGAACCCAAACAUGGUACCUCAGACAGGUUACGGAAAUGCGAACGAUAACGUCAUUAGUAGGCCCAGACCAUUAGAUAUGACCAAUCAACAUGAUACCUAUGGUACACAUAGAGAAAAUGACUAUAAAUAAUCAAGGUCCGAAUGGGCGUUUGUCUUCUUGAAAUCAAUGGACAUCAUCCCGCACGGUUGUAAGCCUUGGAAAAGUCACAUACUUCAAGAUGCUACCAUAUUAUAUAUACAACUUGCGCACUGGUCAAACUAUGAGCUUGACCAAACAUAAGCUGAAAACAAUCAGAAAAAGAACCAGUAUUCGUUGCUGUACCAACUCUGAAAUACAACAUUCUAUAAAAUACAUUACGGUAGUCUAUUAUGGUUUAUCGGACGUUCAGAUGGCAACGGAUCUGAUCUUUAUAAAAGCAAAUGCUUUCCAAAGACUAAUUUUUGUGUAUAUGUUUCGUCACCAUCGUAAUUAUUCCGUUGGUGUUUAUGUUUAGAUCUGGGAGGAAUGAACAUUGUCUAAAUGCGUUAAUUACACACAGAUAUCGAUUGUUAAAACACUUUGUAUUAGGCAUUAUUAAUAAAGUCUAGUUAUACUCUUCUAAUUAAUUUAUAUUAUGAUUUAUUUAUGUUAUACUUUACUUAUUCUGUGCUAAGAAUUUAUAGUGUUACUGAUAAUGCAUCAGUGGCGAAUCCAGGAAUUUGAAACAGAGGGCCCCGGAGAGACUUUCCCAGAUUUAGGGUGUGGGCCCUAUACUACCUCAGCCUCAAACAUGGUUGGGACUUCGAGGUAAGAAAAUAUAUGUUUAGGACACCUCUAGAUGGCCGGAAAUGGCACUCAAAAUUUGAGUCGAAUUUUCUUUCUCAUUUUUUUUUUUUUAUUCUGAAAAAUUUAGGGAUCCCGGGCCGCUGCCUCCACCUCCUGCCUUGAAUCCGCCACUGAGCAUAAAGCUGUGAACACACUGCGUCGUACGACCGCAGUGCGAUAAAAACAACUUCGCUCCCUGGGAGCGCUUAUGACGCGACGCCGCCUACUGAUUUUCGGUGGCAGUCUGAGAACGGAUCGUCAUUAAAACGACACUUUGUGCCCGCGUCGUCGCGUUGCGUUCUCCAUAGAAUCGUCGGACGCAGUCAGUGCCCUGCUUUCGUUGUUAAUAUUCUUUAUUUUAUUUAUUUUUUUUUUGUUAUUUAACUUUGCAAUACGAUACGGAGAUAGAUUGUUUUUAUGAAUCUUUACGAUUAAAAAUAUUGCUUAGGAAUAUGUUGAUAAGUGAUAUUUUUACAUAGGUAGUGCAUGCAUCAAAUACGAGGUAUAGUACGUGUUUUGUUUGGCGCCGCAGAUACAGAAACAACCCUAUUUAUACAACACCCGUAUGUUGCUUACUAUAAUCAUAUAAUAAGAGUAUUAUCAUCAUCGUUACCACCGCCACCAGUAUCAUCAUUAUCAUUAUUACGCCUAUUAUUAAUUGGUAAUAGCAUAAAAUAAUAUUGUUAUAUAAUUACUAAUUAACAUAAUGAUAUCUUAUUAUCUCUGAUAUUGUUAUUGUUACUGUUAUAAUAUUUACUAUGUUUACUGCUAUAGUUAACAUUAACAAUGUUAAUUAACAUUAACAAUAACAAUGCUGUAAUAUGUAUUAUUACUGUUAUUAUACAACCAUCAUUAUUAUUAACAUUUAUAUAAAAAUAUUGAUGUUGAAUGAUACAACAAAAAUUAUAUCCUUAAUGUUAUGAAUAUAAUACUGUAUUACGUUUCAUACCAUCGUAGAUUAUUCAAUCAACCGACAGAUUCAUUUAGAUUAUUCAUGUACAGUACUGGUAAAAUAAUAUUACGACCCUCGAAAGAUAAAAUGAAUGCCUAAGAAAUGUAUCAUGGCAUCCCAAGAAAGCAUCACGAUUCCGCAUCAAUACAUUCUAUCGUAUCCAACAUAGUACGAUAAUGUUUUGAAUUCCAACUCAUUAAUUCCCAACUUUUAAAAUACUGUACAUCCUAUAAGAAAAAAACAUAAGCAUUAACCAGUAUUAAUAUCAAUUUGUGAAAACUUAAAUUUGUAAGUUUUUUGUAGAUAUUUCCCGUUUUAUUCUUGCUUCUUGGGCUCUUUUAAUUAAGAGAAAAGAUGAUUAUUCCAUGUCGUUAAGUGUCCCUGUCAUUAAAUUGAAAUGUAUUUUAGCUUGAUUUGGUGUACUGUUAAAGUUCAUUCACACAUAAUCCAGAUUUUCAAAGGAAAAGGAAAAUUUUCCUGCGAAAGCCUACCGAACGCUGGUCCAAGUUCCAACUUUCGGUGUCAAACCUUGCGUUAAAUGUCGAUCUAUACCACGCUAUAUCACGUAUUCCUACACCACAAUCGUCUUGGUUUAACCCAUAUUUACAUACUGUUUUAAAUUUCUGGAUGAGUAUAUAUUUUGCAAUAUGUUGUCUUCAUAUAUGUACACGUUCUUGUGAUAUUUGUAGGAUCAAUGUUUAUAGGAAACAUAUUUUAUGUACGAACAAUGAAAAUUGGAAAAUACGGAUAUAUAUUUUUCUGUUAUUUCUAUAAUCAAGUUAACCGGAUGUAUUUUAAUUUUAAUUACAUGGGAACGAUUGUUGAUUUCAACCCUGGUUUUAACUGAAUGUGAACUUUUAUUAUACACAUGGAAGUUGCGAACUUUUUCGUUGGUGAAGUUUAAAUGAAUCUUUUUCAUUGGUGAAGAUUAACUGAAUCAUUACGUAUCUUUUUAAAAAUAUAUAUAUACCUAGAAAGUUAAACACUAGCCUAAUACUUGAACGUGCUACUACAGAGGCCGAUUCUAGAAGUAUUAGCUACAACAGAUUGCCUUCAAAUUCGAAAUCAUUGUAGAGUGUUGCUCCUUCGCCAGGUCUUUUCUUUUCGUAUUUUCAAGUGCAUGUAGAUGGUAAAUGAUAUUUUAAAUUUUGUAAAUUUUACAUACCAUACGGCGUAUGAGCCAAAACGUAGAUCUGAUCUCUGAGUAUUAUAGUUUUAAUUAUUAACAGUUACUGAAAUCGGUCGAAGUAAUUAUUACAAUUAUUUUUUAAGAUCGUUAUAAAACUUCUAACGAUUUUAUAAACAUACAGAAAAUAAAGAAUAAACUCAUGAUUGUUUGUUAUGUCUUGAGUUUGAGAUAGCUAUACACAGUUAAAACUACUAGAUGGUUCAGUUGGUCACAGUCAUGUGUUCGCCUUGGGUUGGAAUACAAUUAUUUCAUGUGACGUCAGUCGAUUUGCACAAUUCUACUAGGUUUAUUGAAAUUGAUACAUAUAGGCCUAUUAUUCAUGACGUAUCAAUAAUGUACUUUAUGUGCUAUUGAAAAUACACCACUUAAACAUUCCCAAAAGUAGAUUGGAAACCUAGGCUUCUGUAGUUUAUUACGAAUUGUGUGAAAUGACACUGAAGUCGACAAUCAAAUCACUGUGUUUCUUACUUUGUUCAAGUAUUUAUUGUAAAUAAGGAUAUUUUGUAAACAAUUUUGACAUCACAUGCACAUGAAAUAGACCUUCGCUGCAUUCAUUCCAAGAGUUUAAAAAGUUUAAACGUAAAAUGUUCAGAGGAGUCGGUUGCGGAUAAUAUGUUAUGUUAGUGGGAGUAUGGAAACGCACGGGGUUAAUUUUUCUUCACCAAGUGCGUUCAGUGACUCCGUUUUUUUUAAACCGCCUACAGAGAAAUUGUCGGGGGUUUUUAGCGCCUGUCUACUGAACAUAGGGCAUAUAACUCUAUAGACUUCAGUCUGCACUCUCAUCUGGUUGUGAUAUCAAACAUGACAAAGAUAUAUGCUUUAGAUGGAUAGCCGUCGGGUAGGUUAUGAUCGAGACAGGAAAACCACUAUUGUAUUAUUCAUGUUUUUGUACUUUAUUUGUGAAGACACUUUCUCACAAUUCUACCAUGGAGCGUAUUGCUCCAUGAUUGAGCUUGCGCACAACUUCGUAGUCUGCGCAAUAAUGCGAAUUUGGCAGAACGUUAAUUCGUUGUAUGUUGAUUUAGCUAUUUUGCAUAAUGGUGCGAAAUUUCAAAAUCUAUUCAUUGCGAAUGUUAUAGCUAGGUAUGGUGGCUUCAAGGCGAUGCUCUAUGUUAUUUUGUAGGCUUAAGCAGUAGAAGCAUUAGGCUUCGAAAUAUCCUUUGAAGAUGUAUCAAUUCUUAGUUGUAAAUAAUGUAUACUUGUUCUUCAACCAUGUUUUAUAUCGAAACGAAAUUCGUAUUAAACUGUGCUAUUAACGAGACAUAAUGCAAUUGUA